ACUCACCUGAAGGGAGAAACAGGAAGAAAACUUUUUUCACUUUGCUAAGAACGAAGGCCACACUUAAGAAGUUGGAGAGUGCAUGAAAGUACUUAUUUCUCUAUAUAUUUUCGCAGCAGAUGUAUAUGAUAUGUACAUUUCUAGAUGACUGAGAUAUUAUUCUCGGGAAUUUCUUGAAUGGUGAUUAUAUAGAUUUAGACAGAGGAUCAGGGAAUCAGCACUGGUUGUUUGUAAAUAUGAUGUAUCAUUUUUGUAUGGUGUGGAUUGGAUCACUGGCGCUGAUACCUGUGGAUCUCUGGGUCUCUGCGGAUCAUUUGGGAGCUGUUCAUAAAUCCAUGUGGGACAAUGAUGUUCAAGUCAAGAACGAUUCUGGAGAACCAAGACAUCGCCUUUUAAGAACGUAUUGUGAAUCUGCAAACAUUAAGGGAUGUGAUGCUGGUCACUAUAGAGAGAGAAGAGGACCAAAUAAGGGACUGUGUGUGCCAUGCAAAUGCAAUCGUCUGUCUGAUGAAUGUGACCCACAUACAGGAAAAUGUCUGAACUGCCAGUUUAACACAGCAGGUGACCACUGUGAACGCUGUAUGGAAGGUUACUAUGGCAAUGCAGUUUUGAGAACCUGUAGCAUGUGUCCAUGUCCAUUCACAAACCCAUCUAACAGUUUCGCUCUUGGAUGUUUGAGGACUGGAGAUGAGUUUGAAUGUCUGUGUAAACCUGGUUACUCUGGAUCCCGAUGUGAAAGGUGCGCACUCGGAUACUACGGCAACCCUUUGGCCGAAAGAGGAAGCUGUGAACCAUGUAACUGUGAUCAUGCUUAUGUAUGUGACUCGGCAACAGGCGAUUGUUAUGAAGCUGAUGACCCAGACCCCGAGAAUUGCUUAGACUGCGAUGACUGUGUUGUUUUGUUAAUGGAUCAACUGGAAACAAUGGACAUCGAGUUUUCCUUUCUCAAGACUCAACUGGAACCUGUUAGUAUGAAGGCUGCUGCAAUCGCCGCAUUGAAAAAACUUGAAGAUGCCAUUGCUGGUACAAAGGUUUUGGUCAACAAGUACACAAAAUCUGUUGAUUCACUGAAACUAAAAACAGAAGAAUUUGAAGCGGAUAUCGAAAGUUUCAAAGAUGAUCUUACUGCUUUGAAUGACAAGGCGAUUCAGGCUUCAUGUUCUGCAAUUCAACUGCUGAAGACUCUUGACAAAACGUAUCAACGGGGAGAGAACCUGCAUUCUGAAAUUGUCAACCUCUUACAAAAAAUACACAAUUUCUUGGACCAGCUAAAGAGUUCAAACCAUACUGGUUGGGACACGGAGGAGGCUACCAGGAUGUUAAAAGAAGCCAGACGAAUGCUGGAGGAAAUGAGAAGACAGAAAUGCAAGGUUAAGAGAGAGAUAGCUAAGGAAGAGCUAGAAAAAGCUAAAAAACUUUUUAACUUCAUCAUGAACAACUUUAUGACUUCUCUGAACGGCUCAUCUGUCAAGACUGAUCGUAUCGGACAAAAUCUAAUGGAUCUGGCUGCUGGUAUUCGAGAUAUACAAGAGGCUCUUAUAGACGCAAAACUUGAUGUGGUCAAAGCUAAUGACGUGAACAAUGACAGCGAGGCACUACUGGAAAAUAUUUUGAAACAUUUAAAGAUACUGGAGAAAGAACAAGGAAAUAUCAAGGCCAAUGUGAACAUGACCAGAAGAACGCUGAAAGACACAUCGGACCUUCAACACACGAUGAAGGACUUAACUACGGAAUUGUCGCAACUUGCAGCUGAGGUCGACGGUGCGGAACACAAUUUGAGAAGAAAAUGUGACGUGCUCUCUCAAGCCAAAAACAAGACCCCAAUUGUCAUACUUGCUGAGGAGCAUGCGCAAGAUCUCAUGAAUCUGGCAAUGGACUUUCAAAUGGCCAUACUGAAUGUCACCAAUUCAUCUGCUGUUCAUAACGCAAUCCAAACCAUCAAAGCAUUUACUGAUGUCACCAUAGCCAUAAGAGAGGCCGAAGCUGCAGCCAAUCGGGCCAAAGAGGCAGCAGACCGGGCGCUCAAGGAUGUACAGGGACAAGAUCUACAAACAAAGGCCAAUUUUUUGAAAAAUCUUUCGAAUGCUCUCCUAGUUGAUGCCAAAGAUGCAAAGAAAAACCUGGAAGAUGUGACUGAAAAAUGUGAAAGAUAUAAAGACAUGAUCCAACGGGCGAAAGAUAAACAGAACCUGCUGCGGCAAGCCAUGAAAGACGAGGCAAGGAAGUUGAACAACAUCACAAGGGAUGAUAUAAGUGUCAAUAUCAACCAAGCUAAAGAAGAGGCUUUUAAUGUUAAUGGCACAGCCAGCGAUGCAUUAGCCAGAAUACACAACAUCAGUGAAGAACUUAACAAAACCAAGAUUUCCCCUCAUGACUCGAACCUGAACCAGCUCCUCGAUGAUGUCAACAAAACACUGGCAAAACUGGACCAGUCUUUCCCUUCCCUCAUUGAUAAACUAAUAGACGUGCAGAAUCAAAGUGAACAUGCAUCAGUUCCAGCCAACAUGUCUAGCAAUAUUCAAAGAAUCAAAGAGAUGAUCGAAAAGACCAGAGACAUGGCCAACAGAGUCAGAGGACCAAUCUUUUUCUCUGGGGAUGCUUAUGUUGAACUUCGACCUCCUAAAGAUAUUGAAGACCUCCGGUCCUUCACGGCUCUUAAUCUUACAAUGCACCGACCGGAAGUCCCAUCUUCCCGAGGUGAUGAAACGCUUGAGGAAAAAGGAGACUUGUUCGUUCUUUACCUUGGAAAUAAGCAUACAUUUGAGGAUUACAUUGGCCUGGUUUUGAAGAAUGAUGUGCUGUUUUGUGUCUACAAACUGGGUGGGAUUGUGCAUGAGAUCAAGACCAGUAACAUCACAAGGUCCAACAAAGACAAAUCUUUUAUGGAUAGGGUGGAUUUCCGCAGAGUUUAUCAAGAUGCACAGGUUAUAUUCACACAGUUCUUCACUUCAGCUCAACCUAAAGAAUUGCCUCCUAUGACAAACCAGGCUAAAACCAUGGUUGGAUUACUUAAUCUUGAUCCCAGUGACGUUGUCUUCUACGUAGGCGGAUACCCGACUGAAUUCACGCCACCAAAAGAGCUUCAGUACCCUGGAUACAAGGGCUGUAUUGAGUUUUCUACACUAAAUGAUCGCAUCCUCGGUUUAUACAACUUUCAACGUGCUGUCAAUAUUACAAGCGAAGACAAAUGUCUAAGGGGAAAUGUUCAGAAACUGGGAUAUUAUUUUGACGGUACAGGUUAUGGAAAAGUAAAUGUAUUAAGUAGAAGCAGAAACAUUAAGUUCUCGGUUCUGAGUAAUCAAGUGGAUGCGGUACUCUUUUAUAUGGGACACGAGAGCUCUUACUACUUAGUUACAAUGGAAGGAGGCUAUAUUGUUUUGCAUGGUGCAAACAAUGACAAAAUAAUUUAUGAAAAAAGCGACGGUAAAGUAUCUUUCCAAACCGACAACAUGCUGAUCAGAAUUAUUCUGAAUGAGAAUAAAACUGCAAUAGAUAUCAAAAAUCAGGUCAUCAUUAAUCUUGGAAAUGUCAAGGGUCUCUUCCAAGAGGCCUACAUCGGGGGUGUGCCAACUGAAGUCCGAGAAAAAUAUAAUGUUGUUCUUCCGCCACUUAAAGGAUGUAUAAAUAAUGUCCAGGUAGAUUUUGCUGUUAAUUUUAAAGAAGAAGUUGGAAUUAUCCCAGGUUGUCAAAAUACUUUACUGGGUAUUCGAGAGGCCACUUUUAAACCUGGGGGUUCUAUGGAUGUUCCACAAACUGUUGAAGAUACAGACUCGGGAUUGAUGAUUUCAUUUGGAUUUAAGACAAUCGAGGACUAUGAUGACUUAAUAUAUAAUGGGAUGAACGGUAGAUUCCUUAUCUCCUUGAAUGAUAGCUUUGUCAAAAUGACAGACGGUAAGAAUACCUUAAAAUCCAGAAACAAAAAUGAAAUUGGAAAAUGGCACUAUGUGACCGCCUACAAAAACAGUUCAGGGAUGCAGUUUAUUGUCGAUAACACAAACACGGGAGAUCCAUUAAGUAUGCCGUCAUUUCUUCCAAGCCAACAAAACAAAUUUGUUUUGGGAAGAGGUGCCUUGGAUGGCUGUUUGAGGAAUCUGUACAUUCGGAGUUCACAGAGCGACUACAUUCCAGUGGACUUCAGCGGUUUAAAUAAGGAAGGAGACGUAUCUGUGGGGUCCUGUAAAGCAGAGAGACCUCCUCUAAACAUCACCAAGAAGAGCGCAAGACAUGCCAAAGUUACAUCUAAAAUAAACCAGGGAUUAUCCAAACAAGCCUGCAGGAACCCAAGAUCUAUAAAACGCACCUAUCACCUUGGUAUCAACAGCCAGUUGCAGUUUCAAAUAGAUUCAGAGAAACUCAAUAACAGGCCACAGUUCUCUCUGGAUAUCCAAACCAAAUCCUUUCAUGGACUUAUAAUCCAUAUGACAGGGAUACAGGGUGCACCAGUUGUGUUCUUGUAUCUGACUAACGGAAAUGUCAAACUCUCCGUUGGGGGACAGAAAAUAGUCUCCUCACACAAGAUCAAUGAUGGCGACUGGCACAAUAUCAAGUUCGGCUUGAAACAAAACAGCUUUUAUCUAGCUGUGGAUGGCAUUACAGCACCUGAUAAAGAGCUCUUAAAAGGGUCCACCCUUGAGCUACAGUCUCCUGUCUAUGUGGGACACAGACAACAACAAACCCUCCACAAAACACAUGGAAAAGCUCUUUCUCAGAAGAGCGUGAUCGGAUGUAUCCGUGAUUUCAGGUUUUCCAAAGUUCUCCUUUCUGAACCAUCUGUCAACUAUGGUGCCGCACCCUGUUUUAAGGGGAUGACUGCGAAGGGGGCAUAUUUUGCUGGAGAUGGCGCACAUGUGGUCUUAGAAAAGUAUCUUUACUUUGGUUCUACCUUCGACCUCACUUUUGAGUUUUGGGCCAAAAACCACACCGGCCUUCUCUUUCACAAGAGAGAUCAACAUGGACGCACCCUCACUUUGUUUCUCAAGAGAGGAAAGGUGGUUGUAAAAGUGAAUGAUGGGAAACGUCGCUAUGGCACUUCAGUGACUCCGACUCGAUCCCUGUGUGCUGCGUUUCACUAUGUCGCAGUGUCUGUACGACAGAGAACUAUCAAGCUCAGAGUGGGUGCAGUGACCUCACGGGUCAAAGGGCCGACCGUAUCCCCUCCUUUAACUCGAGAAAUGAUCUACAUUGGUGGAAUUUCUGAGAACAGCCGGAAAGGAGUGGAGGAGCAGAUUUCUUACGUGGGCUGCCUAAGAAAUUUACAGCUCAACAAUGUUCCCCUCUCAUUUGAAGAAAUGACAAGCGUGUUCGGCCCCAUAAACAUGAAUGAAUGCCCGGCAGAAUAGUGGCAAAAUGAAGCAAAAAUCAAGAAGUGCUUAUGUGAACAUAUUCUCGGGCAAAGUAACUGAUUUUUUAAAUAAAAAUUGUGAUUGUGAAAUAA